AUGGCCAAUAUGUUUGGAGCUCUAAACAGAUUCAUCUCGCGCCUGGACGCCGAUCCACAAGCUCAGAAACAGACUGGAGGAGGAUCUGACACGUAUGGUUUCCAAGUGCUUCGCAACAACAACCCAGAACUACCCCUGGAGCCAUGGUUCGACUCGAUCAUUGGUAUCAAUGGCCGCACCAUUCCCAGCCUAUUCGUCCAGGAGUUGCGCAACUGCGCCGGCACCAACAUCAGCCUGGGAGUCUACAGUGCCAAAGGACAGCAGAUCCGUGAAGUUUUCAUCUCGAUCCCACCAGACAACUCGCCGUUGGGUCUUGCCUUGCAGUGGUCACCGCUCACUACAACCGAAGCCGUCUGGCAUAUUCUUGAUGUCAUCCCCAACUCGCCUGCCGACGUCGCUGGCCUGUUGCCCUACAGCGACUAUGUCAUCGGCAGCCCGGAAGGCUUGAUGAGAGGCGACAGCUGGGGCGGCGAUGGCGCACUAGGCUGUGUUCUGGGCUUUGGAGCUCUUCACCGCGUCCCUGCUCCUUUGAACGAACCUGCACAAGCACCUGGAGAGACACUCUUCGAAACAGCCCGCUUCAGCAACGAAGAAGCUCGCUCGACACCGACUCCGGCUGGCGACUUCCUCGUACCCGCCAACUUGAACCUCAGCGCCACAACUCCACCUGCAAGCAUCAGCAUGGGCGGGGAGAAGAGAGGUGCUAGGAAACAAAGGGUACACCAUGCCAUAUCUCCUACUGCUGGUCUUGACGACUAUUUCGCCGAGGGAGAGCAGAAGAGCCGUGAGAUGGACAACGCUCCCACACCAAAGCCAACUGCAGGUCUACCACCACCUCCAAAGGCAGGCGGCCCACCAAGAGCUACCAAAUCGCCUGCCAUCGCUGCGGCUUCUGAAGAGCUCGAAGCAGAAGUCGGAGACGCAUGA